UGAGGUGUACGCUAGUUUGGUAGUCAUCCGAUCCGAUUGUUUUGGUUCGUUGUGAAGUUCUGUGCAGGGAAAAAAAGAUACCAGUUCUCUCUUCGGCUACUGUUCGAAAAUGGAUUUAUCGGCAGGAAUAAGUUUCUCUUUUCUGAUAACUAUCAUACUUUGCUCUUAUUCUCAAUCAAGUCAGCUGUAUCUUCAACCCGUCAAGAAUGACCACGCCUACUUCACUGGAGACAACUUCUUCGUCACCUGUUUCACGACAGACGACAACAUCGAGAAGUUGACUUGGACCGACUUUGAAAGCAAUCCGAUCAGUACCGAUCACGGAAGAAUCCAUGCUGAACAUGCGAAAGGGGAUCAAGUAGGACUGAGGCUAGUGUUUACUAACGUCGAAAUAGAAGAUGCUGGUACCUACACAUGUAGUGAUGAUCAAGACAGUGUUAGCUUCGAUCUAACCGUAUACCGAGCUGUCAGUUUCGGCGAUACUCCAAGAGUUCAGCAUGCUCCUGAAGGUGAUACCGGCGUGGUCUUGUGUAAUGUUAAAGCUGAUCCGAAACCAGUCGUAAACUGGUAUUUUGAAGGAACAAAGAUCUCGAACGACAAGAAAUACCAGAUCCAUCCGGAUAACCACAGCUUGAAGAUCCAUGACUUGACCCGCAACGACGCGGGCGAGUACAAGUGCAAGGCUUUUGUUUUCACCCAUCUCAGCUCCCAGAUCAAGGACUUUGACAUCAAACUGCACGUCCAGUAUGUACCUGAAAUUAUUGGCGAGCAACAUUUUUCGACAUAUGCCAGCGUAGGAUCGAAGAAAAAUCUCACCUGCACCAUCACCGGUGACCCUGUUCCCAUAUUCCAGUGGCUCUACGACGAAAUGAUCAUCCACAACAACACCAAAAAUUCAGUCAUCUACAGCACAGAAAACAGCAGCGUUUUGCAGAUGAAUAUCGAUAGCAGGGAAAGAUUUGGGGAAUACAUCUGCCGCGCUAGCAAUCCAUUGGGAGAGAAAGAGGUGGUCAUCGAACUGAAAGAAGGAAAUCCACCACCAGCACCCACAUUGGAAGUCAGUUCAGACAAAGACACUGUGAAACUAGACAUCAAAAUCGUCGAGGACGAGGAUGUCGAUAACGAUUUGAGAGUCACAGGAUUUAAAGUUCAGUACAUCUUGGCCUUGGGCUCCUGGAACUCAGCUAAAACCCACGAAUUCAAGAUCGGUGACGUCUAUGAACUGAAAAAUAUGAGUUACAAUACCCAAUACAUUUUCCGUGCAGCUGCCUACAAUGCUGCAGGCUAUGGCAAUUUCUCCAAUGAAGUAAUACAUCAGACACCCACUCUACAAACAGCACCCGUAGUUUCAAGCUCUUCCACCAAGUGUGCAUUGUCAUCUGCAUUAUUUUUCUUAAUUGUCGCAUUACUUUAAUAUGGAUAAUUAUGACAUUUAAAUAUCCAGUUGAUAGGGUUGGGAGGGGGGGAGGAAUAAAUUAUCUGUUAUCUACUCAGCAGGACAAAAUCUCAAAAUGGAGAUUAUUUUUUAAUUUAUGUGAAUUGUUUUAAGCAUUUUUCAUUUAUAAGUAUAGGAUAACAGAUAAUGUCAGGAUGAAAAAAAAAAAUUACCUGCAGAUUGAAUUAUAGGAGUUUUAAAUAAGUAUUAAUUAAUGAAAAUUUUCAUUUAAAA